AGGAGAGAGAAACAGGGACAUCGAGUGACAGAAUAUGUUCCAUCGAGUGAUUCGCUAUGAAAACUAUUUGCCGGAACCUAGAUAGAAUGUCCGAUGGAGGCUGUAUCAUAUGUUUCGCAAUAGGAACAAGGGGUGAGCCGUACUUGUUCUUUCAUCUGGAGUGGGCCAUAUCAUACUAAAAUCUCGGAAUUCGGGUUCCUUCUAUGAUAGCUUAUAAAGAACCUAGGGUUACCAUGCCUAAUAAUACAAGGCGCUGAAACCCUCAAGCAAAAUUUUAUAAACAAAUGAAAUGGCCUCUCCUUCCUCUAUCAAGUUUUCUCCCCCUCCCAUCACCUGCUGGGUGAAUUAACGGACAAACCCUUUCUCUAAAAACAAUCCACCUCUCACAACCACCAAUGGAGCCAAUCCCAGAACUCAAUCUCCCUGGACUAUCUCCAACCGCUGCAAAAGCCUUCGCCUCGGCCCGCUUUUCCUCAGAUGGCGGCCCAAUCCCCGAUGGAACCCCCCGCGAAAUCUACAUGUACAGCCGCCGUGACCUCCGAGACGAAUAUAGUGAGCAAGUCUUCCGGAAACGCGUCUUUCACUACUUUGAGGGAAAAGGUUUUAUAGAAUGCAUCCCGUUCUUGAUAUGGUUGCUGAAUGACUGGAGCGACGAAUUCGGAACGUUCUGCCUCGACCGGGUCAAUACAUUUAUCCCAAAUAUGUGUCAUAAGGGCUUCCGGGAAGUGGUAUUCAAGGCACCGCAGGAUGUGGCCAGGUUUGACUGAUUCCCUUUCCCUAUUCACUUAACCCUUUUACAGGUUGAAGUAAGCAAGUAAGUCGCUAACCAUAAGAAGAUGUUUGUCCUUCCUCUGGGACUUCAUUGUAUUUCACUCCUGGACACCCAUGCAGUACAAUUGGGCAAAGCCCGUAAGCCCGACCGUAAUCAAACUGUCCAAGCGCAAGUCCGGCGCCGACACUGGCACCACCGUCGAUGCUAGUGCUGUGUUCUCUAGCAAAAUCUACAGAUCCGCCAGACUCUGGUGUCACAUACAUGUAGACCACCUGAUGCGCCGUUUCACCGCUUACUACAACCCUUGCGACCCCAACUCUUAUAGGCACUAUCGGUGCAGCACUAAACCGCUCGAGUACUACGACCAGCCGCUACACCCUAUCCCCCAACCCGAUAGACGCUCGAUCCCCUGGACUGAGCGCGAGGAGUCAUAUGUCCUCAGGGACAUGCGCGAGGCCGCUAAGAAGAUCUCGGCUAGGGAGUUCGUCCACUUGGACGUGCCGACGCUGCUGAAGAGGACGGACCUGAACUCAUUGGUCGAUAGGUACCUCUACAUGCUGGAUAAAGGGGAGUUCAAGUUUCUGGAGAGGGCGAAGGGCACCUUUGGGGGGUUUGUCUGAGAGCUUUUCGUGUUGAGGGGGUAGGCGGAAUCGGAUUCUAAAAAUGCAAAUGUCUCAGCUCUCGACUCGCUUGUAUUGGAUGAAGUGCUUUGAUUAAACUCUUUAUAAUAUCAUAUCAUAUCAU